AAGAAGAAAAGGGAGGGGAAGGGGCCAGCCCCCUACGGAACGGGGCUGAAAGAGAGAAGCAGCUGUGGGUGCCUCAGGCCCAUCCUUAGGGGUCUAAAUCUGGAGGUGGUUGGAAAUAAGAGAAAGGGCUGGAGGUCCGGAGCAGCCUCCCCUUCCUCCCCCUCCUCCUCCUGCUGCUCCUGCUCCUCCUCCUUGCAAUCCCUUCUCAGAGCCCGGGGGUAGAGGGUCGCCAGCUGGCCGGGCCUGCUCGGUGUCCCUAGAGCAGGGGCAGGGCUGGAGCCCCCACCCCAGCCCACUCCUAGAGCUCCCAGGCCGCAGCUCAUUGCGGGCGGGGCGACCCAGGGGGCGGGGGUGUCAGUGUCUGGGCCCCGGGGGAGGGGCUGGAGGCUCCCUGAGGCCGGGAGGCAGCGUCGAGGCUGGGGCUGGGCUCCCUCCUCCCUCCCUCCCGCCUGUCUACCCGCCUCCUCUCCCAAGACCGGCCUCCAGCCUCUUGCUGCGGCAGCCUGCUCCCUGAAGCUUGGCUCGAGGAGCAACUGGCACAGCUGGCCCGAGCCACAGCUGCCAUGGACUCCAACGGGGACUUCCUGACGCUGCACGGCCUACAGGACGAUGGUGAUUUGAAGUUCCUGCUGAAAGGCUCCCAACUCCAGAAGGUCAAGUCCAGCUCAUGGCGGAAAGAUAGAUUCUACAAGCUACAGGAAGACUGCAAGACCAUUUGGCAGGAGUCCAAGAAAAUGAUGCGUUCACCGGAGUCCCAGCUCUUUUCCAUUGAAGACAUCCAGGAGGUGAGGCAGGGCCACCAGACUGAGGGCAUGGAGAAGUUUGCCCGGGAUGCCCCGGAACACCGAUGCUUCUCCAUCAUCUUCAAGGAUCAGAGAAGCAACCUGGACCUCAUUGCAGAGUCUGAGACGGAAGCCCAGCACUGGGUGGAGGGGCUUCGUAAGAUCAUCGUGCACGCGGGCUCCAUGAGCCAGAAGCAGAAACUCCAGCACUGGAUCCACUCGUGCCUCCGGAAGGCAGAUAAGAACAAAGACAACAAAAUGAGCUUCAAGGAGCUGAAGAACUUCCUGAAGGAAGUGAACGUCCAGAUGGAUGACAGCUAUGCCCGGAAGAUCUUUCAGGAAUGUGACAAAUCCCGGACAGAAUCUUUGGAGGACGAUGAGAUUGAGACGUUUUACCGGAUGCUAACCCAGCGGGAAGAGAUCAAUUGCCUGUUUGGGGCCCUCUCCGGCUCACGGGAGACCCUGUCUGUGGACCAGCUGGCGGCCUUCUUGAAGCAGGAGCAGAAGGAAAAGGAGGCCGGUCCCCAGUUGGCCCAGGCUCUCAUUCAGACAUAUGAGCCCAGUGAGGCCGCCAAGGAGCAGAAGCAGAUGACCAAGGAUGGCUUCCUCAUGUACUUGUUAUCGGCGGAUGGGAGUGCCUUCAGCCUGGCCCAUCGCAGAGUCUACCAGGACAUGAGCCAGCCGCUCAGCGCCUACCUCAUCUCCUCGUCCCAUAACACCUACCUGAUGGAGGACCAGCUCACGGGGCCAAGCAGCACAGAGGCCUACAUCCGGGCAUUGUGCAAAGGCUGUCGCUGUGUGGAACUGGACUGUUGGGACGGCCCCAACAUGGAGCCUGUCAUCUACCAUGGCUAUACCUUCACCUCCAAGGUCCUCUUCUGUGACGUCAUCAAGGCCAUCAAGAAUUACGCGUUUAAGGUGUCACCAUACCCAGUCAUCAUCUCCUUGGAGAAUCACUGCACCUUGGAGCAGCAGAGAGUCAUGGCCCAUCACCUUCGGACCAUCCUGGGGGACUUACUGCUCGACAGGCCGGUGGAUGACCUGGUGACGGACUUCCCUUCCCCUGAGCAACUAAAGAAGAAGAUCCUGGUGAAGGGGAAGAAGCUGGGGGGCCUGCUGGCCACCCAGGGGGGCUCAGAGGCCGCCGACGUCUCGGAUGAGGAUGAGGCUGCAGAAAUGGAGGAUGAGGCUGUGAAGAUGAAAGUGAAGCAGAAACUAGCUAAUGACAAGCUGAAGUUGGCCAAGGAGCUGUCCGACUUGGUCGUUUACUGCAAGAGCGUUCACUUCUGUGGAUUCCAGGACCCCGCCUUCUACGAGAUGUCGUCUUUCACAGAGAACCGCGCUCUCAAACUGGCCCAGGAAUCGGGAAACAACUUGAUCCGCCAUAACACCAAGCACCUGAGUAGAAUCUACCCUGCUGGUUGGAGGACGGACUCAUCCAAUUACAACCCUGUGGACAUGUGGAACGUUGGCUGCCAGAUAGUGGCCUUGAACUUCCAGACCCCGGGGACGGAGAUGGAUGUGUACCAAGGUCGGUUCCAGGACAAUGGGUUUUCUGGCUACGUUCUGAAGCCUGACUUCCUUCGGGACCCCAGCACCAAGUUCAACCCCCGGGCUGUGGCUGAGGGGCCGUGGUGGAACCGAAAGAGACUCCGAGUCAGGGUCAUCUCCGGGCAGCAGCUGCCCAAAGUGAAUAAGAACAAAAACUCAAUCGUGGACCCCAAGGUGACUGUGGAGAUUCAUGGGGUUGCCCGUGAUAACGCCAGCAUGCAGACCCCGGUGGUGGACAACAAUGGCUUCAACCCGUGGUGGGACAAAGAGUUCCAGUUUGAGGUGGACGUCCCUGAGCUCGCCCUGGUCCGCUUCGUGGUGGAAGACUAUGAUGCAUCUUCCAAGAAUGACUUUGUGGGCCAAUGUACCAUCCCCUUCUUUAGCCUCAAGCAAGGUUAUCGCCACAUCCACCUCCUGUCCAAGAAUGGGGACCAAUAUCCGUCAGCCACACUGUUUGUGAAGAUCAACACCGAGGACUAAGGGGGAAGGAUCUGGCCGGCCUCCCUGCCUGGGAAUGACAAGAGGCUGACUCACAAAGAACCAGGGGCACUUUGCCCACUCGGUGCCCUGCUCACCCAAAGAGACCCCAAUCUUUGAGAGGUGGGGCCGUCCUGGGACCAGUGAGAAGGGGAGGGGAGCCCAGCAGAAGAAAGGAAAUGUGCCUUGCUGGGCCCUGGCCAAGAUUUGGAGGGCUCCAGGUUGGGGAUCGCUCUCAGGCUACACAGUGAGUCUCACUGCUGCAGACAAGCCUGGGUGACAUUCCCCCUUCCACUCCUGAGCCAAAGGAGCCAGGAUUCCUACGGUCCAGAGGGCCUGGGAGUGCUGGUCCCUCCAUGUCCCACACAGACCCCCGUGUGCCCUGCUCAGCCGCAGCCCAGAAGGGCUUUGCGAUCUGCCCCAGCCACCCCUUGGCAGUGCCUCAAGGAGAUGCCAGGAGGCAGGAAGAGACCUAUGAGCCAGGGGAGGCGGGCACAUGCCCCCUGGGCUGCUGGCUCACUAGCUCUGUCUCAGUGAAUUCCAGUAGAAAGGUUACACUACAAUUGUGCUUGGACGCCUGCUUUGGCUUUGAAUAAAGUUAGAAUGACCUCAGGCUCCAACGAGCAGAACCUCUG